ACAUGUGAUAAGGGGUUAAUAUCGAAAUAUAUAAGAAACAUAAACAUGUCAACAGCAAGAAAACAAAUAACCUGAUUUGAAAAUGGGUAAAGGACCUGAAUAAAGAUCUCAAAAAAAAUGGCCAUAUGGAAAAAUGCUCAAUGUCAUUAAUCGUCAGGAAAACACUAAUCAAAACAACAAUGAGAUAUCACCUCACACCUAUUAGGAUGGCUAUUAUCAAAAAGAUGAAAGAUAACAAGUGUUGGUGAGGAUGUGGAGUAAGGGGAAUCCUUGAACACUGUUCAUGGGAAUGUAAAUUAGAAUAGCCAUUAUGGAGAACAGUAUGAAGUUUCCUCAAAAAAGUAGAAUAGAACUACCUAUGAUUCUGCAAUCCUGCUUCUGGGUAUAUAUCCACAGGACAUGAAAUCAGUAAGUCAAAGACAUGUCUGCACUCCCAUGUUCACUGCAACAUUAUUCACAAUGACCAAAAUAUAGAAUCAACCUAAGCGCUCAUCAACAAAUGGAUAAAGAAAAUGUGGUGCUUACCUUCAGUGGAGUAUUACUCAGGCUUGAAAAUGGAAAACAUCCUGUUGCAACAAUAUGGAUGAACCUGACAGAUAUUUUGCUAUGUAAAUUAACCCAAGCCCAGAAAGACAAAUACUGAUCAUUCUCACUUACGUGAAGAAUCUAAAAAAGAUAAACUCACAGAAGCAAAGAGUAGUAGGGUGGUUGCCAGGGGCUUGAGGGUGGGGGAAAUUGAGUAAUCAUGGUCAAAUGGUACAAAGUUUUAGUCAUGCAGGAUGAAUAAGUUCUGCAGAUGUAAUAUACAAUAUGGUGACUAUGGUUAAAAUACUGUAUUGUACGCUUCAAAUUUGCUAAAAGAGUAGAUCUUAAAUGUUCUCACUCAAAAAUAAUGGUAACUAUGGUAGGUGAUGAAUACGUUAAAUAGCUUAUCAUUUCACAAUGGGGAUAUAUAUAUAUAUACACAUACACAUAUCUACCAUGUUUUGUGCCUUAAAUAUGUACAGUUUUUGUCAUACACCCCACCUCAUGGUUUGCAUUCUGCCCUCUGCCCAACUCUCUGUGUGCACUCUCGGGUAUGUGCUCUUGCUCCCAUGGUCCCUGUAGCUGACAACACGUUGCCCCCAUUUCAAACCACACAUUUUUCUUCAUUCUUCAAGUCCUUUUUCAAACACUGAUGCAACUGCAAAUCUUCCUCCAGUCCCCUCCCACAGAGUAAAUUUCUCACUCUUCUAGGUUUAAAUAGCUCCUUUUAAGCUUUGUUACUAUGUGAAUCAUGGUCAAAGCUGUAGCAUAGUUAACAAUGUAUGUGUCUUCCUCCCAUCUAUCUGACCUAAUGCUGUGACUGAUACCUAUUAAAUAUUUGGUACAUAAUAAUUCAUUUUCCUUUUCUUUUCUUUCUCUUAAGGGGAGGCAGCGCAUCUUCAUAGCCUGCCACAUGUUAGUUGUAUCACUGUGCCAGGUUAAGCUGCUAAGUCCCAGUCUUUCUUCAGAAAAAUGGCCACAGUAAUAUUUGCCUUAUAAGGUACUUUUGAAAACAAAUAACAUAAUGCAUCUAAAGUGCUUAGCUUAGUGCCUGGCACCCAGUGAAUGCACAUUCUAAAGUGAUUAUUUUUAGUGGUAUUUCCCCCAUCAUUUUCUGACUGUGAGGCACAGCCUGAAGCAUUUUAUAUACCAUGUCCCAGAGUCUGUACUAGAACUUAGCUUCCUAGGGGAUGGUACUCUGUCCUUUUUUGUUGCCACUGUAUCUCUAAUAUUGCAAACAAUGCCUGGCAUGCAGUAAAUGCUCAAUUAAUACUUGUUGAAUAACCCUCUGAAGGUUCCAUACUCUCUAAAGUAAGAAUAUCUUCUUCAUACUCUCUGAAGUAUGUCUUCUCACUAUUCCCGUUUAUAGGAUAUUGGAAAAAACAUAGCAUCAAGUCAUCAUUUUUUGCUGGUUUAGCAAAUUUGAACAGUUCAGUUUUUCAUUAGUAUAUUGAGGAUAAUAAUAAUCCCUGCCUUACAAGGUUAAUGGAAGAAAAUACAUGAAAAAGCACUUUCCAAAUUCUUGUCAGCAUUCUGAAGAUGUUCAUUAAUCUCAACCUAUUCUUAAUCCUGUUCUUGGAGUGGCUAAUGUGAACCAUUGGGGGCUGCCAGCCUCAGUGGUAUGGCCUAGAGAGCCCUGAGCUGUAAGGGAAAAGCAUGGAACUUUAAGUACAAGGAGACAUGGAAACACCACAGAGAGGUAGAACUCCCAGCCGAGGGGGAGGUAGAGGAGCUCUGGAAAUGACCACCUUUCUCCCUGGCCUUAACAUGUCUCUUCCUCCUGGGUCCUCCAUGGUGCUCAGGACCAGCCCAGAAAGGGUUCACCGGUAGAGAGCUCCUGGCACUGAGGAAGAAGAACAAGACACUGUGGACAAUGUUCUCCCUUUGUUUCAUGGUCUUGCUCACUUUGGCCUCUCAAAUAACUCCUAUCAAAUCAACUUUUAGUUGAUUAAGUACCUGGGAUACCACAUUCUUAUAGCUCUAAAGACACUGCCGAGUUGUGAGAAUGCAGGGGGAGGCAGAAGACCCACAAGGUCGGAUUUUCCUGAUCAUUUUUGAGUAACAGGCCUUUCUGUGAUCUCAUUAAAUCACACACACAGUCUCAAUCCAGAAAAUAGAUCCCAUCAUAUGUGAUAAUCAAAACCUUGGGCUUUCCUUUCAGUUGUAAUCUUUUCGGUAUUACCUCCAGCUGAGUCUGCAGCUAGGGGAAGCCUGAGGUCCUGGAAAGGAAGCAUGAGGCUUUUCUCCUUUAUCGCCUUAUGCUUUCACUCCUCCUCCCCAUGAUGUUGAUGGAAAAGUUUCUAACCCUUUCAGAAAAUUAUAUUUUCUAUAUUUGAAAAGCUUGACUGAGGUAUAUGCAGGAAGUUAAGAGACUCACAAAAUGUUGAAGGGACAUUAGUAAUUAAUUAAUCCUAUUUGCUUAUUUUACAGGAGAUCUAAAUUCCUGCAAGAAUUAUCAGAAAAUAUACAAAGAGAUGAAUAACUGAGUUUUUAACUAUAAUAUUAGAUAAUAGUAUGAAUAUUUCUUAAAUUUAUAAGAAGGCAGAACUGGCUUUCAUUUAAUAUAUGUAUUACAAGAAUUGGAAAGCUAAAAACCACAUUUCUAAGACUCUGUUACAGUUAGGGCUUGGAUGCAAUUAGUUUUGCCAGUGAUAUAGUCAUCUAGGCUCAGAAGGCAAAGGGAAGCUAAAGCUAAAUUUUUGUUACAAUGUUGAUGGGCAAAUAUAGUCCAACAGGUGUGCUUUCAUCAGCUGAACUCCAUGUUCCACACUUUAGCCCCCCAGUUUGUAUGUUGGAGGCAUCUGCAGUGAUAGAAGCAGUUUCCUGCCCUCUGGAUAGUAGCUCUAGUGGUGUAGGUCUAGGAGGUUCCUGCAGCAAUCUCCUAGUUUCUGCUUAUUUCAGCUCUUUGACCUUUUGCAAGCACCGAAUUCCCUGUAUUAUACACCUUUCUUCAGGAAAUAUAGUGUUUUUUAUCUCCUGCACUAAAUCAUGAGCAUAUGCAUAUAAAUCAUAAUAUGAAAUCUUAAAAAACAGGAGUACUUUUGCUGAAGCAUUAAGCAUAUAAUCAGUCAGCAGGUCCCCAAACAUCUAAUUCCUGAAUAUCUCAUAUAUCCUGUCUCUAUUAUCCAUUUCUCUGAUGCUACUCUAAUUUAAGUCCUCAGCCUCUCUGGCCUAGAUUGUUGAAAUAACAUCUUGGGUUUUUGGUCUCCUUGAUUUUAGUCACCAUCUGCUCCAGUCUCCAUGUGAAUCUGAUCUGGUCUGAUGUUGUCACUUCCUUGUUCAAAAUUCUCGAAUGGACAAUCAUGAUCCAGAAGGUGGUAUCCAAACCUGUGAUUGCGGCACUUCAGUAUCCUUCAUAACCUGGGUCCUGUAUGUUUAACCCAUAUUCUGCUAUUCCCAUCACCUAUGGUCCAGCAAAACUGAACUAAUUAUAGUUCCCCCAUCAUGUGUUCUUACUUUUCUAUGCAUUUGCACAUAUUUUUCUCUCUGCCUGUUUUCUAUUUCUUGUCCCUUAUCUGUCUGGAAAGCAUCUAUUCUUACUUCAAGACUCAGCUUGAAGGAAGAAUGAUAGAAGUGCAUGAUUUAGUGCGCUCUUCUCACGCUCCUUGAAGCCUCUCUUAUUCUUCCUCCAGGUGGACUUAGAUUUUUCUUCCUACAUGCUAGCAUUACACUGAACCAUACUUCCACUGUGACAUUUAUCAUCUGUCUCGCCACUAGACUUCAUGGUUCUGGAUGGAAAGCACUGUGUUUUCUCAUCUUUGAAUCCCCCAAAAGACUAUUAUAAUGCUUGACAUAUAGAAGGCUGUCAGUACAGUAAAAGGAAUGGCCAGAGGAAGGGAAGGAGGGAAACAGAAGCGGGAAGCACAGGUAUAGAAACGUGAAGGAGCCAGAGACAAGCUUCAAAGACCACAAUUCUAUCUUUUGAGUUCACUAGUUUUACAAGCUCCUCUACUAGAGUUAGAUCAGCAACUCAGAUCAGGCCCUCCUAAGUUUCCAGAAAUCUGAGCUACUUUUCACUGUUGGCACAACAAAACGUUUCAUUAUAGUCCAGGUGCAUAGCCUUUGUUUAUAUAUUCUAUAUUUCCAAAGCAAAAAUAAAUAAAAUAAUCAUUGUUCCCCUAAUCUCCCAGGAGUUUCACCUUACAGCUCCAGUGGCCAUGGCAAUCACUGUUUUAUACUUUUUGUAACAAGAACCAGGGACUUCAGUCUUGCCCUUUUCCUACCCCCUUUCUUCUUUUUACUCCACCCACCCCUCCCCUGUUCUUCUCUUAUCCCUACCACACUCAGUCCUUCGCUUUCAGAUUUUACUAGGGCCCUAUACCAUUAAAAAUACAAGGAAAAAAAGGAAUUUUUACUUUAAGAAUAACUCCUCCUCCUUUCCCAAUUUUUACAUCAAAAGAUAUUGUUAAAUGCCAUUCUCUUCCACAUUUAGAGAACUGCAAAUUCUCUGGAGAGAGAAAGGUGAUUACUUAAGAGGUGAAGCAUCUUAGAGCAUUCAAAAUAAGAAGUGAUUUUGUACAGAGGAUGUCAUGCAGUAGGCUAAACGUCUAUUUCCCAUUCCUUUAUUUGUUACCUCUGAGACCUUGAAGAAGUAGUUUCUAGUCUCGGCAUGCCAAAGCUUCAUCUGCAAUUGAGAGCAUUGGAUUGAUGAUCUUCAAGGUCCUUCCUGCUCUAGCAUUCACUGACUCUGCUAUUUUUGACAUAUUGAAUAAUCAGAAGCAGCUAGUUUUAGUAUCUUAUUAUAGCAAAAGUGGUAAAAAUAAUGAGCAUGUACUAUCAAUGUGCAUCUAUGUCUUCUUAUGUUUGAGUGAGGUUCCUGAUACAUAAACCUUGGCUGAUAGUUUCUACUGAAAAAAUCGUAAGUAUUAAAGACACUCUUCUGAAGGUGUUCUCUCCAGACUCUCCUACAGGCAAUCAUGAGCAAGAGGGUUGGCAUCAUCGGAGCUGGAGUCAGUGGCUUGGCUGCCAUACGGUGCUGUCUGGAGGAGGGGCUGGAGCCCACUUGCUUUGAAAGGAGCAAUGAUGUUGGAGGUCUGUGGAAAUUCUCGGACCACACAGAAGAAGGCAGAGCCAGCAUUUACCAGUCUGUGUUCACGAACUCUUCCAAAGAAAUGAUGUGCUUUCCAGACUUCCCUUACCCAGAUGAUUACCCAAACUAUAUGCACCACAGCAAGCUCCAGGAAUAUAUAAAGACAUUUGCUCAAAAGAAGGAUCUUUUAAGAUACAUACAGUUUGAGACCCUGGUUUCCAGUAUAAAGAAAUGUACCAGCUUCUUAGUCACGGGCCAAUGGGUUGUUGUUACUGAAAAGGAUGGGAAACAGGAAUCUACUAUUUUUGAUGCUGUAAUGAUUUGUUCAGGACAUCACGUAUACCCCAAUCUGCCAACUGAUUCCUUUCCUGGUAAGUUUGAAAAAUAUAUAAUAAUCUGGGGACUUUAUAUGCAAACCUCAAGAUGUUCCUACUUGGAUAUUGAGGAAAAUGCAUGGAAGUGCCCAAAGAAGUGUGUUGUGUUUGCUUAUUUCUUACAGAGUGAUACUGAAAUCUGUGUUGCCUUUCCCCACCAGGUCAUUAUCAGUACCAGAAGUGGUUCCUGGGUCAUGAGUCGGGUCUGGGAUGAUGGCUAUCCUUGGGAUAUGGUGUACGUUACCCGCUUUGCAUCCUUUCUCCAGAAUGUCCUUCCUUCAUUCGUCUCUGACUGGUUAUAUGUCCAGAAGAUGAACACGUGGUUUAAGCAUGAGAACUAUGGCCUGAUACCUUUAAAUGGUUCCCUGAGAAAAGAGCCUGUGUUCAAUGAUGAGCUCCCGUCCCGCAUCCUGUGUGGCCUUGUGUCCAUCAAGCCCAGUGUGAAGGAGUUCACAGAAACCUCAGCUGUGUUUGAGGAUGGGACCAUGUUUGAGGCUAUCGACUCUGUCAUCUUUGCAACAGGCUAUGAUUAUUCCUACCCCUUCCUUGAUGAGACCAUCAUAAAAAGCAGAAACAACGAGGUCACCUUGUUUAAAGGCAUCUUUCCCCCACUAAUGGAGAAGCCAACCUUAGCUGUGAUUGGCUUGGUUCAGUCCCUUGGAGCUGCCAUCCCCACAGCAGACCUGCAAGCCCUCUGGGCUGCUAAAGUAUUUGCAAACUCAUGUACCCUGCCAACUAUGAAUGAAAUGAUGGAUGACAUUGAUGAGAAAAUGGGGGAAAAACUCAAGUGGUUUGGCCAGAGCCAGACUUUGCAGACAGAUUACAUCACAUAUAUGGAUGAGCUGGGCUCUUUCAUAGGGGCCAAGCCUAACAUACCAUGGCUCUUCCUGACAGAUCCCCGCCUGGCCCUGGAGGUGUACUUUGGCCCUUGCAGCCCAUAUCAGUUUCGACUGAUGGGACCAGGGAAGUGGGAUGGGGCCAGAAAUGCCAUCCUGACCCAAUGGAACUGGACAGUGAAGCCAACCAGGACAACAGUUGUCAGUGAAGCUCAGCGACCCCACCCCUUUUACAAUUUGCUUAAAAUGCUUUCAUUCCCAUUACUCCUUCUGGCUGCUACACUUACAUUUUAUUAAUGAGAAAGUCUUUGAGGUCUCAAAGUUCAGAGUAGAAGUGUAAUCACACAAUACAACACACACACACAAUCACAACAUAGUUCCUCUCUCCUUUCCUGAAGAUAUGAAAAUCAGUCUUGGCCCAUUUGAAUUAAAGUAUAAGUAAAAUGGAAAA